CCGGAGCACAUCGUGGUUGGGGGAAAAAAAAAAAAAAGGGAGCCACGUUGACACAAAAAGUGGUGUUUUCAGUUGUUUUCUGCCGCCGGGGAAAUAACGGUCACGUCGACAACUUACAUCUGUGAACACAGGAGGCUCAGGUGAAACACAGAGGAAGGUCAGAGGAGCCACAUCAUCUAACAGGAUGAGUGUUGGAUUCAUCGGAGCGGGCCAGCUGGCCCACGCACUGGUGAAAGGUUUCACGGCUGCAGGUGUGAUUGCUACACAGAGGAUUACUGCCAGCUCCCCAGAUACAGACCUGCCCACUGUGACGGGACUGAGGAAAAUGGGAGUGAACAUGACGACUAGCAACAAAGAGACAGUCAGUAGGAGCGACGUGCUCUUCCUGGCCGUGAAACCUCACAUCAUUCCCUUCGUUCUGGAUGAGAUUGGGCCAGACAUCGAGGACCGCCAUCUCAUAGUGUCCUGUGCGGCAGGUGUCACCAUCAACUCCAUAGAGAAGAAGCUGCUUCAGUACCGAUCAGCUCCUAAAGUCAUGAGGUGCAUGACAAAUACUCCGGUAGUGGUGAGAGAGGGAGCGACUGUAUACGCCACUGGGACACAUGCAGAGGUGGAGGACGGCAAGUUGUUGGAGCAGCUGAUGGCCAGUGUGGGUUUCUGCACUGAGGUGGAGGAGGACCUCAUUGAUGCUGUCACCGGGCUGAGUGGCAGUGGACCAGCCUACGCGUUCACAGCGCUGGAUGCUCUGGCAGACGGAGGAGUCAAGAUGGGUCUUCCCAGGAGACUGGCUGUCAGACUUGGAGCUCAGGCCCUAUUGGGAGCAGCUAGGAUGCUGCUUGACUCGGAGCAGCACCCCGGCCAACUGAAGGACAACGUGUGCUCACCAGGAGGCGCCACCAUCCACGCCCUGCACGUCAUGGAGAGCGGCGGCUUCCGCAGCCUCCUGAUCAAUGCAGUGGAGGCUUCAUGCAUUAGGACACGGGAGCUACAGUUUCUGGCAGACCAGGAGCGGAUCUCUCCAGCAGCUAUUAAGAAAACCACACUGGACAAGGUGCUCCAGCAGCCCGGAGUCACAGGCAGCGGAGUGGGUAAUGGGAACGGCAGAUCGGGGCUCAGCCUGUUCAACACCCGCAGCCCCGGGAUCAAGAAGAACUGAGUACAUAGAGGCAGGCACACACACACAAACGUGUUACAGCUUUAAUUAUACCAACAUGUACACAUACUUGCAUCUUCUACAGCGGUUCAGCCAGACAGUUUCAAAUAAACGGACUCGGGACUGAAAUUAUAUCCAAAUCGGCAUGAAUGCCAAAUAAUUUAUUCAUACUGGAGUUAUCAUGCGGACCAUGGACCCAGUGGUGUCACCACCACAUUACACACAAGCACAGGUGUAUUGUACAUUGCUCACAGUUAUAGCCUUAUGUUGUGAUGCAAGAUUACUGUCUACACAUACACGACGAAGAGCAAAAGUGCAUUUACAAUCUGUCGUCUGUCUGUGUACGGGCUCUAGACUAUCCGGGGCUGUUAAACGGUAAUGACCCAGUGGGCCAUCAUGGGAUCCUGGUAGCAGAUGGCUGCUGGGAUACCAUCAAGCUCUUAAUGUACGCCUUUAAUGUCUUUUAACAGAAAUGAAGCCACAAUGUAAAUCACGUAUUACUUUUUUUGUUUUUUUUUGUUUGUGCAACUCAUUUUUAUUUUGGCCAACAGUGUUGUACUGUUAAAGACUAAAUAUGGAUCGAACAAAACAAUUAACUUUAUAUUUGGUUGUAUAUUGUUGUAUAUGAACACUAUGGCACAUUAAUAGCAUUGUGCCUUUUUGUGCCCAAAUAUUAUUUCUCAGAUAUAAAGGCCAUUUAAAACUCCUCUGUCAGCAUUUUCCUCUCAUCCUUCUGUUCAUUUGUGCAUCUUAAACUGUUUUCUUGAACCUCUUGUCACCACAAAGGCACGAUUUACAUCUUCUCUCAUUGGGGAAUGUGCUGUUGUUGCCUGAAAGUGCGAUAAGAAAUUCAUCUACCCAAUGAAACGUUCGCUGAAGAAUAUAUUCCUAUAGAUUAUGAUGUAAAAGACAUACAUCGAACAUCAAUCCGUCCCAAUUUUGCAAUGUGCUUUAUGUUUUUAUCCCCAUGUUACAUGUUAUGUAUUGAUUUGUUUGGCAUAUUAACCAGUUGAGUUGGUAUGCCAGCCAAAAAUUCAAUAUUAAAGAAGCAGAAACAAAUA